UAUACUGCAACACUACUCUACGCUUGCUUUUACACUGCGGGCGAUAAUUUAAUUUGAAGUUUGUUGUAUGUAAAUAUGGGAGAUUUGCUGUUAAUUUUGCAGACAAUUAAUCAUCGAAUGUGAAUUAUGUUAUUGUGUCAAUAGAUAUUUGAAGUGCAGCUUUGUUUUAUAUAGAAUGAAAAUUUCAACGAAGUGAUGGCAAUGGGAUAAAAUAAACUUUAAUAUCCAUACAUAUAUGUACAUAUGUUCUUGUCAUCAAAACCAAGUGAAGUUCCUAUUUAAAUGCCCUGUUAAUGAUAUAUUUCCCAUAAUUCAGACUGAAUAAAAUGCAAUUCAACGUAACUUGAAGAAGUUUAAAUUUCCGAUGCAGAAAAUAUAUUGGAUAUUCAUACCUGUUAAUGACAUAUUUCCCAUAAUUCAGACUGAAUAAAAUGCAAUUCAACGUAACUUGAAGUUUAAAUUUCCGAUGCAGAAAAUAUAUUGGAUAUUCAUACUUACAUACGCAUGUGAAUAAGGAAGAUAAGCCAAUAUAAAGGCAUCAGAUUUCAAUAUUUGCUUCAGUAGUAUCUCAUUCUCCCAAAUAUAAUUGUGAUCGAUUGGAUAAACCGAAAAAUGGCACGUGGGAAGAAUGGCAGCUGCUUUUAGCGCUAACUAAUGCUAAUGUGGUACAAAAGUGUGGUCAACGUCGUGUAAAUCUACUAAAGUAUAUGUUACAAGUAAUAAAAAGGUAUUAAACUACUAUUCUAACAACGAAAUCUUACAAAAUAAGGGAGCCACUCAAUCAAUACAUAGUGACCUAAGCAGCUUGAGCUGGGUAAUUUCAUGAUUAAGUUUCUACUCAGAAGACUUACUUAGCUUAUGCGCAGCAUUGAAAAGCGACUAAAAUGCACAAUGUAAGGAGUUGAUUUCUCCAACAAGUAAAUUUUAUCAAGCCUAAUGUGAACAAACUAGAUUACCAGUUUUCCUAAUUACGAACAAAUAUUUAUUACUAAGCAUAGUCCGAUUAACGCUUGAAUUUUCACAUGUAUACUACUUAAUGGUUAAGGAAGGAAAGUAUUUUGAUCUUGUUCCACUCGUCCAUCCACGGCUCAGCAGAAGAAUCGCAACGAAAAUGUUUAAGAUUCGUGAACGCAACUGUUUACUGGCGGUUAUCUUAUUGGUGAUAACUCCCUGUCUUAUCAUCCUUUUCAUUAUGGGUCCAGAAUUAUCCACCGAACAGUCACUGUCACAACAAUUGGCAGAGUGUCGCUUUCGUCUGCAGUACCUGGAGUCGAUGUAUCGGUCCAGGCAAGAGGAUGUGGCAAUACUUUCACAGUAUUUGCAUCUCAGUAAUGCAACAACAAUAUCCAUGGCAACGGUUGCACCUUUACCUCCUGGCAAUGAAGCCAACGCGAGCACAUCCGCAAUGCCAGCAGUAGGCUUGCCUACACUUCUGAAGUCGCUGAGCCCCGAAGCGCGGCAAUUGAUAAAAAAUGCUACACAUUCACAUACAACUCAACGAUUUAGUUCAUCGACUGCCAUUCGUCUCCCGACGGCCUAUAACUUUCUGCCACAUCUACUCGAUGAUUCUACAUCACUGCAUCCGGCUUACAUUCGUUCAAAGAGUCGUACAGAUGUGAGCAUUGUGUUAGGCAUACCGACGGUGAAACGUGAGAAGCAGUCGUAUUUGGUCAGCACGUUGCAGAAUCUUAUUGAAAACAUGAAUGAAGAAGAGCAAAAUGAAACGUUAAUAAUAGUUUACAUUGGCGAGUCAGAAGAAGAAUUGGUGCAUGCAAUCGCCAAACAAGUCGAAUUGAAUUUCGAACCAUAUGUCGACUGUGGUCUAAUUGAUAUUAUAUCACCAUCGGCAUCUUACUACCCGAAUUUCGAAACGUUGCGUAUAACCUUGCAGGACUCGUUGGAACGUGUCAAAUGGCGAAGUAAGCAAAAUUUGGACUUUGCAUAUUUGAUGUCUUACGCGCAGUCGAAAGGUAAGAGCUCAGAAAAAGGUUUGCAUACAAUUACAUCCUUAUUACAUAUCUUGAACGAUAGCCCGCACGAACGAUUCGUCUGCAGACGAUGCCGCCUCUGA